AUGGUCCAAAUCACUGGUGGCAAUGACAAACAAGGUUUUCCCAUGACCCAUGGCCAUGUCUACCUGCUGCUGAGUAAGGGGCACACCUGCUACAGACCAAGGAGGACUGGAGAAAGAAAGCACAAAUCUCCUUGGGGUUUCAUUGUGGAUGCUAUUCUCAGUGUUCUCAACUUGGUCAUUGUAAAAAAAGGGGAGAAAGAUAUUCCUGGAUUCAUUGAUACUACUGUGCCUCAUCGCUUGGGGCCCCAAAGAGCUAGCAGAAUCCAUAAACUUUUCAGACUCUGCAAAGAAGAUGAUGUCUGCCCAUAUGUUGUGAGGAAGCCCCUAAACAAAGAAGGUAAGAAACCUAGAACCAAAGAGUCCAAGAUUCAGCAUCUUGUUACUCCACCUGUCCUCCAAUAA